UGUCUGUUCUCAACUUCUCCAUGGACAUGUACUCUAGCCAGAAUAGAUCCGUCGCCAAGGGGCCGAUAAGGUUCGAAAGUGAGGCUGCUCUGGAGGCCUUCAUCGAGAAGAGCUCAAGGCCCCGGGUUAGGAUGUCUGUUGAAGGAUUCAACCCUUACCGACCUGAGGAUGAAAUCAAGAGAGAAUUGGUUAAUCACUUCGAAUCAUGUGGCGAAGACUUUAGGGUUAUUGUUCCAGCAGACCCCAUUGUCGACAGAAGAGAAAGCGUUGCAACUUAAUGGAAGUGACAUCGGAGAUUGGAAUGCCCUUGUUAAGGUUGCACCCGAGGAAUAAGAGGAGGAAUACCUGAUGGUAUCACGUUAUAAAGAAUCUCUGUUUGACGCCCUACUCAAGGACAAAAAAUUUAGGUUUGGCAUUAUGGUUAAGGGGUAUGACACUUCCCUUCCUGCAGAUGAAGUCGAGAGUGUUUUGAGAACACAUUUCUCUUCUUGUGGAGAGAUAACACAUGUUUACAUUUCUACUCCCAACAACCGUGCUAAUAUCUAUUUUUCCGAAGAAGAAGGAGAAGCUUUGGCGCUGGGUCUUCAUGGAAGUGAAGUGAGAGGAUUCAGAAUAACUACUAGGCGCUUAGCCACAGUCAGAAGUAACCCUCUCCUUGCCCCCGGUCAAACUCGUCGUAUUGGCUAUACCGCCCCAGCUCAUCUGAUUGAGUUUGCCCCCGAGAUACGGCGCAAGGUCAUGGCUUUUAAGAGGAUUAAGAGGACCAUGAAGAAGGUCAUGGCUUUUAAGAGGAUGAAGAGGACCUUGAAGACAAGGUCAGGACUUUUAUGAAGGAGAGGAGGCUCAUUCUCUCUCAAAAAGACUAAGAAGCUCUUUGAUCAAUGCAGCCUUUCUUUAUUUUAUCACUUGGCGCCAUCUAAAGCUCAAUGUAUGAUGACCCUUUUGUUUGUGUGUGUGUGGAUGGUAAACAUAUUUCUAAAC